AUGGGACAUUUUUUUCGUAACCCCCAAACAAAGGGCUAGCACAUUCGUUGAGGGCAGCGGCUCACUCUUCAGUCUUUACUGACUGUGAGCCAGCAGCAGCAGCACUUUGAGAAGCCGAAAUGGCGGCUUCGCCAUAAACCCUAAAUCCUAUCUCUCUAAGCUUCUCUCCGCAACCAAGAAUCCGCGAAAAUGUUCGGAUCCAGCUCAGCCUUCGGCGCGCCUUCUUCGACGCCGGCAUUUGGCACUCCGUCCUCCACCCCUGCUUUCGGUAAUCCAUCAUCUACUCCUGCGUUUGGCACUCCAUCUUCGACUCCGGCGUUCGGCACUCCGUCUUCGACUCCGGCGUUUGGAACUCCUUCUUCGACUCCGGCGUUUGGCACUCCGUCUUCGACUCCGGCAUUCGGCACCCCGUCGACGCCUUCUUUUGCUACGGGUUUCGGUUCCUCUCUUUUCUCCACGCCGUUCUCUUCUCAAACGCAGCAGCAACCGCAACAGACUCCAUUGUUUCAGCAACAACCGGCGGCAGCUUCUAGUGGUUUCGGAUUCCAGACUCCAUUCGCCACUCCAUUCGCCACUCCCUUCUCCAAUGCUCAAUUGACUACUCAGAUGGCCCCCGUGGCUCCUCUUCCUUUCUCCCUCGCCGAUCGUGACAUUCAGGCAAUUGUUGAUGCUUACAAGGAGGAGCCUGCAAACUCUAAGUAUGCUUUCAAGCAUUUGUUGUUCAGUGUAAUGGAACCUCAAUUCAGGGUGAAGCCUGCUGGUGUAUCAGAUAUCAUGUGGGCAGAGGCUAUGGCUAAGCUGGAGGGUAUGGAGAGCAGUGACCGGGAACGACUCUGGCCUCAGCUUGUUCAGGGUUUCAGGGAUCUUUCACAACGCUUGAAGCUACAAGAUGAAGUCAUUGUUUCAGAUGCUGAGAGAUUGCGCAUGACUCAAAGCAAUGUAAAAAUGCUUCAAAGGCACUUUCAAGCUGAAACCCUUCCUUGGAUUGAAAGAAUGAGACAGAAGGAGCAAAGUCUUCAAAGGCGCCUUUUAAGGGUGAUGAGAAUAGUUGAGGCCUUGGAGGGUAAGGGUUGUCGUUUACCUUUAAUGAAAGGGGAAGUUGAGUUGGCAGAGAAAUUGGCUGCAAUAACAAGACAGAUGAAAGGAUCUGGAGCAGAGCUUUCUAGGAGGGUUCAAAACUUGCUCACUGUAUCUCGUGUUCAAGCAAAUGCUAAUGGUUCUGGUGGUUCUGUUUAUCUUCCAGGAUCAACUAAAAUUCAUGAGCAAAGUCUUGCUGAUAUGCAGGAGGUCUUACAGCGGCAGACAGAGGCCAUUGCCAGACUUGGCAAUGUCUUGAAACGAGAUAUCAGGGACAUGGAGAUUAUAAUGGCUGAGGACACAGACAUGGCGGAUGAUGUAAGCUAGAGAGCUCAAAUAGUGACAGUACUCGGUACAACCCCAUAAUGCUUAUUUAGUAUGUUUUAAGUUUUUUCUGGAUACAUUAGGAAAUCAACAGCUGUUUUGACCAUUGACCUCAAGAACAUUUUAAGUGACCUUAGGUACAUUUUCCCAUACGAUCUCUUUCCCUCUAAUAUGAGAAAAGAAGUUGCAUUAUGGGAUUGACUAGGGUGGAUUUGUGCUGUUUUUAGUUGGUCUGCUGGGACAAAGCAACAGAUGCAAUGUUUUUGUAGGCAUUGAAUAGAUUGUACAAUUUUUGCCUCCAAAUUAAUGAGAAAUUCAAAC